AUGGGGCUAAUAAGAAAUAAGAAGAAGAGGAAACAUGGUGAAAGAAGAGUCUCGGAAAAAGAAGGUUGCUGGGAGUGGUGCAAGCUCGUUUGGAUUGUUCACAAGCUUUGCUGUUCCUUCUGCCUUUCGAUUAUUGGCUUGAAGAUAAAAUCCUUGUGGUACAGAUGCAAAGGAAAGGAUAGAUCAGAGCUAAAGAGACGAAUGAGCCUCAAAAUUCAACAUUCGACCAUCUCAACGGGAAACUUAGAAGAUUGGAUCAACAGAUCGAUGUCCCAUCAAUACGAACAAACGAAUUCGGAACUUAUGAUGAAGGAGUCUAUCACAUCUAGCCAGCCGACAAGAUCAACCUUGACUUUACCGUCAAUCUAUCCCUCAGUGACGUCCGAAGUUUCCCAGGGUCCACCACCAAGACCUCCCCCACCGAAAACACCGUACCCAACUGCGCCUGAUCAAGUUGAGAUCGAUUUUGAUUAA